AUGAGGCGGGCCAGCCUGCCGCGUCCCAAACGGUCGUCGGUGCCCGCGGUGCCCCGGGACGUGGCAACCCCACGGGAACCCACGGCCCCGCCCGCUCGGGGGGUCUUCUGGGGAUUCGCGCUCCGGGGCAAUCCUCCGAAGGCUGAUUCGUCGACAAGCGCCAGCAACAGGGGGAGGGACGACUCCCCGCCUGCCGCGCCGAGCAAGAAGGCGCGCGCGGACGCCGGCAGCGCUGCUGACCCGGCCGGCACAGGGGCUAGCGGCGCCGCCAUCACUCCUACUGGCGACCCAGCCCCGACGAAGGUUGCGCCGGCAACAGGCGACACCCCGCCCGCAGUAAGCCACCCGGAGACCCCUGCCGGGACGGAGGAGGAGGUGGAGGCUCCCCCCGCAGGCCCAACGGCCCUGCAAGGCCCAAGUGAACCCGCAUCGGGGGUGGGUGCCAUCGUGGUUGACCUCGACUCCGACGUCGAGGUCACAGGGGCGUCGGAGGAGCCGGAAGUGGCCCCCGCACCAAGCCCUGCUGCGCCGGCAGCAGUAACCACCGCCGCCACCGGGACGGUGCCCGGCGACGCGCCAGCGGUCACGGACGCUGUUGGCGCGGAUCUUUCUGCCGCUCAGCAGGGGACAGCGGUGACCGCCGCCGCCAUCGGGACGGCGCCCGGCGACACGCUAAUGGCCAUGGACGCUGCUGAGCUCUACCGGCGGCUGGAGGCUCAGCGCGCCGAGCUCCAGGGGGCUUUGGACUCGAUGGUGGCGGCUCAAGCGGCAACCAAGAAGGAGCACGCCGAGGUGAUCGCUGCCGCCCAGGCCCGUAUCGAUGAGAAGAGCGAUCUGAUCGCCAACUACCUCGGGGAGAACCAAGGCCUGCGCGUCAAGCUAGAGGUGCAGGUCAAGGCCACCGAAAGCACGGUAAAGCGAACAAAAGGAGAUACAUUGGGAGCAACGAGCUCGGCUGGGGGCUGCGGCAACUAG